UUGUUUUGGCUCCGCCCCUUCACCUUUGCCGCCAAAUCGCAGAAAUCGUGAAGACGUGAAAAAGUAAACAUUCGACUUGAGAUAUUUUCCAAAAUUUUCUGCAAUGCCUGGUGGUCCACCUCCAAAACGGCCUAGGCCCGACGACGACGACGAAGAUGUUGUCGAAGAUAUGGACAUGGACUUGGAGCUUGAGCAGGACAUUGAUGCAGAACGAGAGGCAGAAAUUGCUGGCGCUGAAAAUAAUGCGGUCGUCGCUGAAGAAGCCCCUGAAGACGAACACAGUGAGAGCCGCUGGUUAAGACCUACCCCUCCUCCAAUUCGCCCCAAAGAAGACCCUCUAAUUUUCCAGCAGCUUGACCUCGACCACUACAUUGGAGAGCCUAUGGCAGGAAUGCCAGGUGCCCAGACUGGUCCUGUGCCCAUUAUUCGGAUGUUUGGAGUUACGGACGAUGGUGUGUCAAUUUGCGCCCACGUUCAUGGAUUCUCGCCCUAUUUUUAUGUGGAGGCGCCUGACAAGUUCACUGCAAGCCACUGCGAGCCAUUUAAAGAAGCUCUGAACCGAAGCUUGGCGGCAGAAAAUCGCUGGAAGGCAGCAUCCGAUCCUGUUCUGGCUGUUGAAAUCGUUGAAAAAGAAAACAUCUACGGGUAUCGUAGCCAAGGACGAAAACCGUUCAUCAGGGUGGUUGUUGCUCUCCCAACGUUACUGGCAACCUGCAAACGAAUUCUUGACCGAGAAAACCCUCUUCCCAACCUAGGACCAUGCGAGUGGCCCUGCUAUGAAACCAAUAUUGACUUCGACAUCAGGUUCAUGGCAGAUGUGGAAAUGAUGGGGUGCAGCUGGGUUGAACUGCCUGCAGACCGCUGGGUUGUUCGACAGCCGUUUCAAGCUGUCUCUAGAUGCCAGGUGGAAGUGGAUGUAUCUUGGGAGGCAAUUGUGGCGCACGCUCCUGAUGGUGCUUAUUCAAGGCUCGCUCCGUUUCGUAUUCUGUCUUUUGAUAUUGAGUGCGCUGGAAGGAAAGGCGUUUUUCCUGAGCCUGAACACGACCCUGUGAUCCAGAUCGCCUCCGUUGUUGUACUCCAGGGUCAGCAGAAGCCCUUGGGAAAGGUUGUGUUCACUCUCGGCGAUUGUGCCCCUAUUGUUGGCUGCCAGGUUACAAGUUUUGAUAAAGAGACUCAACUUUUGGCUAAAUGGGCAGAGUUUGUGCGCCAAGUGGACCCCGAUCUUAUUACUGGAUACAACAUCAACAAUUUUGAUUUCUGGUACUUGCUGAGCAGAGCCAAACAUCUGAAAGUGCCAAACUUUGACUUCCUAGGCAGAGUCAAGAAUAUCAGGUCAGUUUCCAAAGACAGUGUUUUGCAGAGCAAACAAAUGGGGAGGAGAGAAAAUAAGAGGACCAAUAUGGAAGGUCGAGUGAUUUUUGAUCUCCUGCUGGUUUUGAUCAGAGACCACAAACUUCGUUCAUAUUCCCUUAAUGCUGUUUCUUUCCACUUCUUGGGAGAGCAAAAGGAAGACGUCCAUCACUCGAUCAUCACCGACUUGCAAAAUGGGGACGAUCAGACAAGACGAAGGCUGGCCGUUUACUGUUUGAAAGAUGCUUAUUUGCCACUGAAACUCAUGGAUAAGUUGAUGUGCGUCAUCAACUACAUGGAGAUGGCUCGUGUAACUGGCGUCAGCAUGGGCUGCCUUCUCAACAGGGGUCAGCAAAUCAAAGUUGUCAGCCAAUUGCUCCGCAAAGCCAAGGAAGCGCAUUUUGUUAUUCCUGUAAUGGCAGUGCGUGGUGGUCCUGAUGAACAAUUUGAAGGCGCCACCGUCAUCGAACCGUGCAAGGGCUACUACAAGCAGCCGAUUGUGACUCUCGACUUCUCCUCUCUGUACCCCAGCAUCAUGAUGGCGCACAACUUGUGCUACACAACACUGGUUCCGGCAGGCACUCGAGCAUCACUCAAACCAAGCGAUUACAUCACGACACCCCAGGGAGAUUGCUUCAUUAAGGCUGAAGUGCGCAAAGGUCUUUUGCCUGAAGUACUGGAGAGUCUGCUUGCGGCCAGAAAACGGGCCAAGGAAGAACUGAAGAACGAGACUGACCCUCUUCGCAGAAAGGUGCUGGAUGGAAGACAACUUGCUUUGAAAAUCUCGGCCAACUCUGUGUACGGGUUUACUGGCGCUCAAGUGGGCAAGCUGCCCUGUCUGGAAAUCUCAGGGAGUGUGACGGCUUAUGGUCGUCAGAUGAUUGAGCACACAAAGCAAGAGGUGGAGACAAAAUAUUGCCGUGCCAACGGAUACCCUCAUGACGCGCAAGUUAUUUACGGUGACACCGACUCUGUGAUGAUCAAGUUCGGCGUUGAUGAUAUCCGAGAGGCCAUGAAGUUUGGUCAGGAGGCUGCUGACUUUGUCACAUCCAAGUUUGUGCGCCCCAUCAAGCUUGAGUUUGAAAAGGUUUACUGGCCUUAUUUGCUAAUUAACAAGAAGCGCUACGCUGGUCUUUACUACACUAGACCAGACAAAUACGACAAAAUGGAUUGCAAAGGAAUUGAAACUGUGCGCCGUGAUAACUGUCCGCUUGUUGCUAACCUGAUGAACACAUGCCUCAAAAUGCUGCUCAUUGAGAAGGAUCCAAAUGGAGCUGUCAAGUAUGUUCAGCAAAUGGUUUCUGACCUAUUGUGCAACAGAAUUGACAUCAGUCAGUUGGUGAUCACAAAAGAGCUGGCAAAAGAAGAUUACAAAGCAAAACAGGCCCAUGUGACGCUGGCUGAGAAAAUGCGAAAACGCGACCCAGGCACAGCUCCCAAGCUUGGAGACCGUGUGCCUUAUGUGAUUGUGGCUGCUGCCAAAAACACGCCUGCCUACAUGAAGGCCGAGGAUCCCAUAUAUGUGCUGGAAAAUAAUGUGGCCAUCGACACAGACUACUAUCUCAACAACCAACUUGCCAAGCCUUUGCUCCGCAUUUUUGCGCCCAUCCUUGGAGAUGCUGCGGCUGAAAACACGCUUUUAAAGGGCGCUCACACAUUGACAAAGACAAAGGUGACGUCCAAGGUUGGUGCACUUGCUGCUUUCACAACUCGCAGAGAAACUUGUCUUGGUUGCAAAACACCCCUUCCAGUAGGGACAGAAGGCGCCCUAUGCAAGCAUUGUCUUCCUAAAGAGGCUGCUUUGUAUCAGAUUGAGAUAGCCAAAAUGAAUCAACUGGAGAUUGGCUUCUCUAGACUGUGGACGCAGUGCCAAAGAUGUCAAGGAAGUCUUCACGAGGAAGUCAUUUGCACAAGCCGAGAUUGCCCAAUUUUCUACAUGAGAAAGAAGGUUCAAAUGGAUUUAGGAAAUCAAUGGAAAACAGUGCAAAAAUUCGGCCAACUGGAAUUUUAACUUUAAUCAUAAUUUCUUCAGAUAAAUUCAUUUUUUUUUAGUAUUAGUAUUGAAUCAAAA